AUAAAAGAUGAAUAAUUCUCUUAACGCUAAACAAUGAAGGAUUUUUUUGUUAAAUAAUUUAAAUGUAUUCUUUUUGUCUUUAUUUUGUAAACUCGUAGUUAGCGUGCAUUUUAAGUUUAGUAAUCCUGACUUCCAUUGCUCCGAGAAAGGGACGUCAACUCUAUUAUUAUGGCUGCCACAAUAACUCCUCUGCCCACGAGACUGCAGGAAAAUAUAACUUUGAAGUUCAAAAACAUUAAGAAUUCAAAUAUCAAGAAAAAGUGUGUGUUCUGGAAUAUGUUUCAUGAGAGCCCCAUUGGCUGGUCAGGACAAGGGUGCUUUGUCAAAUCUAGCGAUGCACACCAAACAGAGUGCACCUGCAAUCAUUUGACUCAUUUUGCUGUUCUUCUGGAGACAACAUCUGGUCCAGAGAGUGCCGGUAUAUCAGAAAAAGACGAAAAGGCCCUGGAAAUUCUUACUUGUAUCGGGCUGACUCUCUCUGUUAUUGGGAUCUCACUGACGAUAGUCAGCUAUGUUGCUCUCACAGACAUAAGAGGACCUUUAUCCCAGAUUCGAGUGAGUCUAGUCGCUUCUCUCGGUGCGGGACAAAUCAUCUUUCUUGUUGGGAUUGGAGCAACUAUGAACAAGGGAGGUUGCGUUACAGUGGCGGCCCUUGUGCAGUAUUUCUUGAUGGCCGCCUUUUGCUGGAUGUUAAUCGAGGGAAUCUACCUCUACUUGUUUGUUGUGAAAGUUUACAACGUUGAUAACAAGUUAAAAAUUUGCCAUGGAAUCUCGUGGGGCCUUCCUGCGCUCAUUGUUGCCAUAUCCCUGAGUAUUGCAGCCGGAAAAGAUGGUAUCGAAAGUUUUGUGAGUGAGAAAUACUGCUGGAUGUCUUCGGCCAACGGUCUGAUCUGGAUAUUCAUAGUGUUUGUUGUGCUGAUUGAAUUUUUCAACAUUCUGAUCCUCGGGCGGGUCAUCAAGGAGAUGACGAACAUGCAACAAGAGAAAGACAAACACAGCGAACAAAUUAGGCUUGGUGUGAAAGCAUGCGUGGUUAUGAUUCCUCUGCUAGGGAUCUCGUGGUUAUUUGGAUUACUGUUACCGCUGCACAAAGCCUUCGCCUACAUCUUCACGAUCUUCAACUCUACACAGGGUUUCUUCAUCUUUCUUUUUCACUGCGGGAGGAACAGCGAGAUAAGAGCUCGUUUGAGAAGAAGGAUUCAGGCCAUCUUCCCAGCAAUGGUUGAUGAGACGAGCACGAAACGAAGUUCCGUAGUGCCCUCGGAAGUAGAUGAGGAUGCCACAGCCAUUGCUGUCUUUAGAAAAACAAACGUUCAGCCACUGAAGGACGGCGAAAAGACGAAAAAAGUCUCGAACAAAACGUCCAUGUAGUUGCCAAGUUUUGAUCUAUUCUAGCGCUUAUUGUAUAAAGGAUAACUUUUUUAAAGUCAAACCUGAGAUGAUUAAGAUAAUUCUUGAAAGCUGGAAAAAAAUAAUAAGAAUAGGAUCAUGUGUUCCCUUAAUGAAUAACUAAACGAAUUCUUGUUGCGCGAAAAUGAGGCAAAAGGCGAUAGUUUGAGGUGUUCUUACAUCAGUUACAUUGUACAAAACAACAGUAACUGAAAGUGUAAUUUCGUAGUACGGCAUAGUCAGGCAAAAUAUUGCUAGUUGCGAAUUUUAUUACAACUAAUAACAGCUAAUAAUAUAGUAUUAUAUAUAAAUGGACCAAUGACAGAAAAGCCGCUCGUAAAACAAUAGUGAGGGAAAAAAACAAGUCUCAAAUAUAUAUAUAUAUAUAUAUAUAUAUAUAUAAAGAUUUGAAGCUAAAAUCAAACCUUAAGUUGGUUUGUAAGUACAUUGUCCAUGAUUUGUGACAAUAGCGCCGGUUUCUAUAGUAGUCACUAGUGUGCUUUUCCAUCGUCCCCUUUGAGCUGUUAAGUGGAGAUGGUUAUGCAUUUUGAAUCAAGUUCUGCUACUGCUGCUGAUGAUGAUGAUGAUAAUGAUGAUGAUGCAAUUUGCUUAUUAAAGUUUCUUUUCUUCUUGCAAACGGUUGAUUAGAUCUUGGCAUUUUCUGUGACACUGCGUAAAGUGGCAUACCAUGUUCUCCGAAUCGUUGAUUAAUUAAUGACUCCACGGUGUAGUAUUUGCUUCUGUUUUCAGAAAGGCGGAGACAGCAAAGAUCUUACCCUUGGGUCAAAUAGAUAAAUUGAUCUUAUUAUGUUCCUUGAGAGAGUGUUUUUUUUUUUCUCUUCUUUACGUGAAACACUUUGGCUUUCCUCUCAAAUGACCAAGAAACAAAAAGGAAAAAAAAAGAGUUUGGUUGAGGCCUCAUAAUUUCAUCGAUAUAGUUCCUUGACACCAUUUUAAAGGUAACUGCCAUGUCUCUGCAAAACACCACAAGGGUAAUGACAGAGUGUACAGGCUCCUAGGGUUCGCGCAUACGUAAGCCAUCUGCGGAAUGGGCGUAACGUAGCUGAAUGAAUCAGGAAUCUAACGGGUAAAAUC